UUACAAACUAAUCUUUUCUUACAUUUUGUUUUGUUCCAAUAUGGAGAGGAUCAUCGUCUCCAGCGAGAACAUUAAGCCAGAUUUGCCAACGCCCCGACACUUGAAAACUCACAAGCUGUCGUUGCUCGACCAGAUCAUGGCAUCAAUUCUGGUCCCAGUCGUCUUCUACUUUCCUUCUCCUCUUCCUCAGUCCUCUAAUCACGACCUAGACUUAUUCAUUUCUCAUACUACACAGCAACUCAAAAAAUCCCUUUCAGUAGUUCUGACCCGAUUCUACCCUUUCGCCGGGAGAGUCAACCUCGACGACAACGGCCACUCCAUCGACUGCGCCGACCAGGGAGUUCAUUUCACAGUCGCCAAGUUCCCCGGCCACAACCUGUCCGAUCUUCUGGAAAAUCCAGAUCGUACUGAUUUGCCGAGUCUCCUCUUACCAGGGGUCGAAUUUAUUUACGGGGAAGUUGACCCGGAGUCGAGGGUCCUGAUGAUCCAAGUCAACUAUUUCGACUGUGGUGGCAUUGCCAUGGGAGUUGUUUUCUGGCAUAAGCUUGCUGACGCAGCAACUAUGGCAAAUUUCUUGAUUUCAUGGGGAAAUGCCAAUCGAGGAUCUAAACAUGUUGCCAGUCCUAAUUACAUCUUCCAAAAUCUGUUCCCCCACAGACCCGAAUUGGUCAACCUGCCUCAACCCACUCUUCAGCUGUCGACCAAAUGGGCGUUGAAGCGUUACGUGUUCGACGCCUCUACAAUUUCAGUCCUUCAGCGGCUCGAAUCUUCGGGCAGCGUAAAAAAUGUUACAAAGGUCGAGGCUGUCUUGACAAUCCUCUGGAAGUGCUUCAUGGCAGCAUCCCUCGAAAAUGGCAAAUCAGAAUCCUCCCUGAUGCUGACAGUCGAUCUUAGAAGGAAAGCCCAGCCGCCUUUUGCAUCCGACUGCUUCGGUAAUUUCAUCUCGUUUCCAGUAGCAGAAAGUAGAAACCAUGAUCGGGCAGACCUGCCGAGAAAAUUGAGGGAUGCAAUAAGCAAGAUCGAUGAGAAUUUUGUUACCAGUCUGCAAGGAGAUGGCGAUUUCAUUGGCAGGCUUCAGAAUUUCUUUGGCAGCAGAUUGUUAGCCCCUGACGAAUCUGAUAUUCUUUUCAUCUCCAGCUUGUGUGGUUUCGGGACUUAUGGCAUUGAUUUUGGAUGGGGAAAUCCAGUUUGGAUUGCGCCGUGUUGCGAUACCAGCAGUGAUUUGAAGUCGAAGUCGCUGCGAAUGGCAAAUUCAGUAUGGCUAAUGGACACGAGAAUCGGGCAUGGCGUAGAGGCAAUCGUCACUCUGAAAGAGGAGUAUAUGCCGGCGUUUGACCACGCCAUGAACGUGCUCCAGGGCCUUGCUGCAUCCAGCCGCAUGUGAUCCGACGGCGGCGCGUGUGGUGCUUUCUACUUGAAAAAUCUAGAAAUAUCAUGCUAAUUUUGCUAUUUCUGUUGUGAUUAAAUAGUAUCUGCUUUGCUUUAAGUUUGUUAGCUUGGUUAUAUGUUAUAUAUGCUGUGAUGAAAUGCUAGA